ACUUUAAAUACAUAUAAAUGGACGUCGAACAAUGGAAAGUGUUAAAUCUGAACAGUUUUGUGGUAAAAAAUAAAAAUUAAAUUAAAUUAAAUAAAAAAGGAUUUACAUGGAAUGUAACAACUGUGACUGAGUGAUUUUAAAUAUUGGUGUUUCAUUUAUUUAUGUGAUUGUUUCUGUACUGGGAUUUACUCGCUGAUAAGCUGUCUGUAUAUCAUAUAGAUAUUAGCUACUGAAUAAAAUAUUGACUGUUAACUAAAUAGAUACACUGUGCUUUGUUUAACAUUAAUGAACUGGUUGAGUGUGAUCUUUUAGUCUGAAUAUUUUAUUUUUGCAGCCUGUGUAUAAUAGUCUAUUGAAAUUGUUCCGUUUUAUUAUCGUCUCAAACACACACAAUGCCGCAGGGUGAAAGUUUACUUUACUUAGACAUGUUCGGAACACAGAUAUCCUGGAAAACAAAACGGCACUACGCGGUUGCUAAUGUCCGUGAAAGCAGUAAUUACCGAGCCGAGCCACCUACACGAACCCCGUAUACCGCGUGUUUCCAUAGCAACGACAUCCGCCGCGACUCCCGAUAGGGUGCGCGCGCAGCCGCCGCUAUUUGGGGGGUUUUCGCCCAAACGUUUCCUUACGUCAGUGACAACCGGCUAGUUUUGACUCAAGCGGAAACCCAGCUUCGAUGUAUAUGGUGUCUGGGCGCGGUUUCCGGUAGUCGGCCGGCUAUUGGGCGCUUCACGGAUCCGUUAACCGACGAGAGCGCUGGCUUCGCCUUCUGUACGGAAGCCGAGACGGAAGAGGCGCAAAAAUGUCCGCUUUGAUCAAAUCGCCUCAUUGAGUUGGAUCUUUUAAAUGAAUCAUUUAAACCGCUUCACAACAUGGAAGGAUUUCUUUACUGAAUCAAUCCGAGCAGUUGUCGAGUCAACGACUCAUUGAACCUUUUUAAGCAUGAAUUGUAUGUUAAUACAAUCAUGGCGGCAUUAAACCAAUACAUACAUAAAAAAUUGAGACUUAAAGGUUAUAGGCCUUUUGAGUUAUUGGAACGUAUCAAUUAAUGCUCACAAAUGAAUGAUCAUCUACAGAAAACGUAUACAAGACGAUACAGUUUUUGGUUGAACCUUAUUGACACUUUAUCAGACUUCUUGAAAUCCUGAGAUCUAGGCUAAUAGUUACUUGUUAUCACAAAUUAAAUACAAUACAAUAUGUUUUUAAUAAAAAAUAAUAAAUAGAUAAAAUGAAAAUUAAGUAAAUUAAAGCUAGGAUAUAUGUUUCUGCUACGUUAAAACGUUAUAAUAAAGUUACAUAGCCUACCUAUUUUAUUUUGUUUGCGAAAUAAGUUUACAUUUUGGGUUUACCCUGUAUCUCAGUUCGGGUGAUUAAAAUGUCGCGAUUACGUUUCUAGUUUUAUUCUGAGGCGGAAAUAAAUUACAUAUCUAUAUCCUUUGUGGUUUUCCCGGCUUAUUAAUCUUCUCGUGUGAUCUUCGCUUAGUAGGCUAUUUUGUCUUCUGUCUACCCUUUUUUAUGUCUAUAUUUCUACAAUAUUUUACUUGUUGAACCUCUGUACAGCACCUUAGUCGGCAGUUUUUAUACGUGCUAUAUAUAAAUACAUUUUACACAGUAGACUUAAAAAAUGGAAUCAUAAAACCUAAACAAUCGCCAUCAACCUAAAAAGUGAAGAGGAAAAAUAAGAAAUUCGUAUCGUUUCAAGAAACCGGCUAUCCCGUUAAUAUCAAGGACCUAAUUACGUCGUGACGAAAAAGAAUCAGUGAGUCGCCCUUGAACUGAUUCCUUCGAAUGAACCGCUUGAAGUAACCGGUUCGCCAAAAAGACUCGGACUUCACAAUAGUGGAGCGGCGCGGCGGAGGAUCCCCACCCGUGAGCAUGGCGGUGUGCUAGUGUAUUAAUGAAGACCGGAGGGAGACGACGGAGACGGAAAAUACUAACAUGCUUCACAUAAUCAGUUUUUAACGGACCGCGUGUCAGUUCACCGAUGCCAGAGGCGGUCCGCUGGGUUUCUCCGCGCAGUCUUCGUCUACUUCUAUAGGAUGGGGAGCUGAGCAGAUAAAAAGCACAAGUUAUUGGCGACCGCAUCUCCCCAGCCGUUCUCCCCGUCGUGAAUCGCAGGCGCGCGUGGGCCGCCGGUGCUCCGUGAUCAUGAAGCGCUGCUGCGGGAAGCGCGUCUUUGUGCGAGGCGUGUUUACGUCCGCGGACAGACUCGUCUAAACGCCCUAAACAUGAACGCCGUUGUCGCGCCGAGCGCCGUGUGAGUUUAUUUUGAUUCGUCGAACCCUUCAGACCGGAGAGAUGCGUGAGUAUAAAGUGGUGGUCCUCGGUAGCGGCGGGGUCGGUAAAUCCGCCCUUACCGUGCAGUUCGUCACCGGGACAUUUAUUGAGAAGUACGACCCGACGAUCGAGGAUUUCUACCGCAAGGAGAUCGAGGUGGACUCGUCGCCGUCGGUGCUGGAGAUCCUGGACACGGCGGGCACGGAGCAGUUCGCUUCCAUGCGGGACCUGUACAUCAAAAACGGACAGGGCUUCAUCCUGGUCUACAGUCUGGUGAACCAGCAGAGCUUUCAGGACAUCAAGCCCAUGAGAGACCAGAUCAUCCGAGUCAAGAGGUACGAGAAGGUUCCCGUGAUCCUGGUGGGGAAUAAGGUGGAUCUGGAGAGCGAGCGGGAGGUGUCCGUGAGAGAGGGACAGGCGCUGGCCGAGGAGUGGGGCUGUCCGUUCAUCGAGACCUCUGCCAAGAGCAAGACCAUGGUGGACGAACUCUUUGCCGAGAUCGUACGGCAGAUGGACUACGCGGCACAGCCGGAUAAAGACGAUCCGUGCUGCUCCUCCUGCAAUAUACAAUAACCCCCCAACACACACACACACACACACACACACUACAGUAGCUUUGAUAGACCUUCUAGUGUCGACGGUUUUCCAUCAUUCUGUAUCUGCAGACUGACAGUUUUUUUUUUCUUUUUCUCUUGUCACUUUAAAUCCCGAUUGACUCGACCGCAGGAAGAGAGAGCGCUUGCCUUAGGUUUCACGGCUCCUGUUCGAGCGGGAUCCUUGAGUGGCCAUGAGGCGGACUUUUACGUUCUUGGUCUUACGGUAUUGACGAUUUUAUCUGAAUUAGUUGUCACCAGAUCAAAGAGAGAGAGAGAGAGAGAGAGAGAAAACAAGAGGGUUCUUAGCCAUAUGCUUGAUAUAGCCAUAUAAUCAUUUAAUGAAGACUUUAAUUGUCCGUUUCUUUGGGAAUCGAUUCCUCAAAGCCGUCGUUUUUCAGCAGUGUCUCAUCUGAAACAUGAAAAGGUAGAAAAACGGUGAGAGGACUAUAGCUUUGUUCCAAAAACUAGUUCGCCGCCUACUUGGAGAGCAUGUUGCCCAAAGUAUGUUUGCCUAUAGUUUCCCAGAAUGCACCGCGGCGAGCUCUGAAAAAUUUCGUCCGGGCGUUUGCGAAUAUAUUCGAAGCUCAUUCCACUCCAUGAUAUUUUUUAAAGUAAAAUUGCAAUCACAAUACGGGUUUGCGUAGUUAUCGAAUCACAGGCCGUGGUUUAAAUGCAUGGAUGUGUGUUAGAUGUUUCUGAGUCAAAUUAUGAUCAGUUAUGAUCAGUUUAAAAAACAGACGACGAAGGAGAAGCUUUAAAGUAAGCAUGAGGCGCAAGUUAUGAUUGUAUUGUGCUCCCUGUGACUUUUUCGAGGGGCAAAACAAAGAUUAAUAAUUCUUCGAGUUGCUAAUUCGUACAAACGAACAAAAAACGAUACUGUCCCGUCAAAUCGUCCCGUUGGCUCUGUAGUAAAUGAGCAGUGAGGCAGCUCGGUAGGUUUUGGAACAGAGCUCCCGUCAGAAGUCAGCUUUAGGAGACGAGUUGAGAAGACGGCGACUCUUCAUUAGCGUCGCGGCGGAACGAUUGUGAACAAAGAACUCUUUGCGACCGAAUUGGAGACGCUGUGCUUUGCGCCACUAGCAGCCGUUCUACUAGAGUAUCCACAGAGACCACCGUUCAUCUGGGGUUUUUAGGUUUGCUGAACAUGUCGCGUCGCGCAGCGUGGGACCUCUCGACUCCUCGAUGUAUUUUGUUUGCUGUAUUGUCGAAUGUUUGACGGUGUACAUCCCAUGUCUGCGUCGCCAUCCAUCGAGAGACUUUCGAUUGCACUUUUUCCAAGCAGGAAGGUCAGCUCUCCGAGCGAACGGAACGCGGUGAAGCCCUGUCUCUGAUUGGACGGGGACGCGUCUGGACACGGGACUAAUUUCUUAGUCAGCUCAUAUGGCUCUUUCUCUGUCUCUCUCGAUUUGUAUCACCCUCUUUCUCACGCGUCUCUUCAGCAUCUCAGCCCUUUUCUACACUCGUUCUCAAUCUUCUGCCAUCGAUGGUUGUCCGGUCCCCGGUUCUUCUUGGUUUCCUCCUCCCGGCCGGGUUCGAAGUUGGAUCUCACGGCUGAACAUAUAGAAGUUACGGAGGUGUGCGAGUGUGUGCGUUUGAACAGAGAGCUCUGAGUCAGUAUUGAUUUUAUAUUUUUUUAUGUGGACCCGUGCUCAACUCUCCUGAACGACUGAAUGGUGACACUCUUUUUUUUGUAUGUUUGGCACCUAAAUAAAGUGCAUCUGACACUCA